GUGAACAAAACACUGAAGUCAUUGUAUCUGGCAGACAACAAGUUUAGUCAUUUGGCAGGAAAACAGCUUGGAGCAGCAAUAGGGCAGAACGAAACGCUUGAAACACUGGAUCUCAGUUGGAAUCAGUUUAGAGAAGGAGGGGCGGCAAAGUUGCUGGAGGGAGUCAAGGACAACAUCGGCCUGAAGACACUUAACUUAGCCUUCAAUGCAUUCAAUCAUGGUGCAUGUAAGCCAACUCAAUCACUGGGUACAACCUUGUCAGGGAACUCGACUCUUCGCUCACUGGAUGUUUCCAACAACAGACUCUCCGAUUCUGACCUUUUUAUGGUGGCCAAGGGUAUCAAGAAAAAUGAAACUCUGGAAAUCUUAAAGAUCGGACAGAACGUGGUCAGUUAUCGUGGAACAGCCGUUUUGAUCAAGGUUGUGGUGUCUAGCGAGAAUUGUAGGAUAACUCUCUUAGACAUGACGGAUUUGCCUAUAGCCAAAGAUUCCUUAAGUGACGUGGAGAUUUUAAGAUCUAGAGGAGUGAAAGUCGUUCAUGGACCCGUGCAUCAAACAGAAACCAAGUUUGAUUCAGAAUCACCAGCCACAAAAACAGAUAAGAAACGUAAUGAAAAAAACUUGAAGAAAAAGAGAUAA